UCCAAAUGAGCCAUCAAGUUCAGAGCUUUCGGAAUGGAAGAUGUUGAGUGCGACUCUCGCCGUUUCCCACAUACUUUCCAAGCUUCUUCAGCUUCAGCAACUCUCUUCCAUGAAACAAGUCGAAGCAGCCCAAGGUUUCCUCACGAAAACAGGUCUCUUCUUUACUCACACAUCCAUUGUCGCAAAGCUCGUUGCUUUCGCAUCACUGUCACCGCUAGGCUGCCUCGUGCACGCUCAAGCCCUGUUCGAAGAGACCACCAUGGACGACCCCUUCACCUGCAACACCAUGAUCAGGGCUUACACCAACAGCGUCUUCCCCAUCAAAGCUAUACAUAUUUACAACCAUAUGCAGGAAACGAAUGUUAGGUCUGAUCAUUUCACAUACAAUUUUGCGCUCAAGGCUUGUGCUAGAGUGAUGAAACGUAUGGAAGAAGAUGAGGUGAAAGAUUGUGGCUUUGUUAUUGAUCGUAAGGGAAGUGAAAUUCAUUGCCGGGUUUUGAAGUUGGGCUUUGAUCGUGAUUUGUAUGUUCAGAAUUCGUUGAUUUUUGUGUAUUCUCAGUGUGGGUCUGUGGAACUUGCCCGCUGUGUUUUCGACGAAAUGACUGACAGAAGUGCUUCUUCUUGGAACAUAAUGUUAACAGCUUAUGAUCAGGUUGCCGAUUUCGAAUCCGCGGAUUAUCUGUUUCAGUCAAUGCCUGAGAAGAAUGUAGUCUCCUGGAAUACUUUAUUAGCAAGGCAUGUUAGGUUGAGCAACAUUGAGGCUGCAAAAAUAGUCUUCCGAGAGAUGCCUGUGAGGAAUUCGGUUUCUUGGAAUUCGAUGAUUGCUGGCUAUGUUCAGGUUAGAGAUUAUGAUGGAGCAUUGAAGCUCUUCCGUGAAAUGCAAAUUGCUGAGGUGGAAGCUACUGAAGUUACGCUUAUAUCUAUCUUGGGUGCUUGUGCUGAAACUGGUGCAUUGGAGAUUGGGAGGAAGAUUCACGAGUCCUUGAACCUACAGCACCAUAAGAUUGAAGGGUAUUUGGGUGUUGCCCUUGUAGAUAUGUAUUCUAAAUGUGGGAAAUUGAGUUCAGCUUGGGAAGUGUUUGGUGAGCUGAAAAUGAAACCUGUUGGCUGCUGGAAUGCCAUGAUUGUGGGUUUGGGCGUCCAUGGUUACUGCAAUGAGGCUUUGGAAUUGUUUGCGGCUAUGGAAAGGCAGCUUGGUGAAGUUACACCAAACCGGAUUACGUUUAUUGGUGUUUUAAUUGCUUGUAGCCGUAAGGGUUUGGUGGAAGAAGGACGCCGGUAUUUCAAUCAGAUGGUUCAAGAAUACAAGAUUGUGCCUGAUGAGAAGCAUUAUGGUUGCAUGGUUGAUAUUCUCAGCAGAUGGGGAUUGUUAGACGAAGCGUUCGAGAUGAUCAAAGCUGUGCCCUCCGGGCCAAGCUCUUUGUUGUGGAGAACCUUGUUGGGUGCUUGUAGGGUACAUGGAAACGUAGAAUUGGCAGAGCAAAGCUUCCAGCAGCUUGCCAAAUUGGAGCCUCUAAGGGAUGCAGAUUAUGUUUUGUUGUCAAACAUCUAUGCUGAAGCAGAGAGAUGGGAUGAUGUUGAGCGAUUGAGGAAUGAGAUGAUUUGUAAGGAAGUCCCAAAAACGCACGGCUUCAGCCAUGUUGACAUGAAAUAAUGGAAGCCAUUCACUUGGUAUGUAUGUCAUUUAUGGAUAAUUUGUCAGCAAAACAAAACAAAAUUGUAACAGAUGUAAUUUUACCAAUAAAAAAAUGCCGUUAGUAAUAUAUUACUCAACUAUCAUCCUCAUUGAUGCGUGCA